GAACUACGGCGAUGACGGUGGUUCGGUAUUGAGGAGAAUCUGACUGAGACGCGAAGUUGUAACGUUUAACAUGACUUUUUACUCUUUUUACUUUAAUGGAUUUGAUUAUAGUUACUCCACAACAAUGCUCGUACUGACUGCGUUCUAUCAUUUUAAUACGUAUAAUAAAUACAUGUGUCUUAAAAUCGUCGCGUAAAUAUCAUUAAUUACUCACCUAGCACCGUGCCUAGGAUUCGAUUUUAGUAUUUUUAUACACCUUACGUUGUUUAUACCUAUUCGUCGAACAUCGUAUUAAGUAUGAAGAUAUUACAAUUCAGAAAUGUAUCAGAGGUUGCCACAAGCUGACCAAAGGCCUUUUGUGGAUUUGGAAAUUCUUGCAGAAUAUUUAUAAGGUGACGAGAAAAAUCGCCAAAGUUCUUCGUACUAAGAUUACGUACAUUCAUGAUAGAACAAUGAAGAGGUACGCCAAAGGAUUCUUCAAACGUAUCAUCGAUGAUUUCAAAUACAAGGAGUUACUCUCCUUGAAGAUGGUGUUUUUCGUUCAUGCUUCGACUGUGUUUGUUCUGUAUCCUUACUUAACUAUUCAUAUGAGAGAGCUGGGUAUAAAUGUCGAAGAAACUGCUAUCAUGUCGGCGUUAACGCCUUGUGUAGCUAUACUGAUGCCACCGGUAGCCGGCGUAAUUGCUGAUAGAAUUGGUAAUUUUAAGAUAUUGUUGGCGUUAUUUUCGGCGUUUGGUGGUUUAGCAGCUUUACUAUUACUUUUAGUACCAGUUGGUCGAGUCACUAUUCCUUUUCCCGAUCAGAUCGUUUUGGCGAUGCAAUGUGCUAAAGAUGCAGGAGGUUCGUUCAGCUUCACCGUAGCCGAAGGAGAAAAAUGCCUGAAAAUCCAAUCCUCGGCAUCGGAAGUGAAUUCUUUAGAAGUAGCAGUCGUAACGAAACCAUUAGAUUACACCAAUAUCAACAUAACUCUGGAAGCCUGCGGUAUGCUAUGUUCGCUAAAUCACGCCACCAACGACCCUUAUGCGACCUCUGACAUUCCGUCGAUGCUGAAUAAAACCACCAAUUACACGAUAUUCGUCUACGAUCAUACUGGUUCGCAAAGCACUCCGCAAACGUACGAUUACAACAUAUCAGGCGUCGAUUUCAACCUUCCUUGGAUUUUAUCCACCCUAACUCAAGACGUACGCAGCUUCAGGGUUCAGAAAAAAUCGAAAAAUUUUCUCACUUCGGUGCAAGCGUUCUCGGCCGAAAAGUAUUUCUUCCCGGCUCCGGGGCUGUUUAAUUUUACUUGUAAUAUUCAGAAGAAUCUAGAAGAAGUAUUCAAUUGCUCGAUAAAAAAAUUCGAUAAAGACGACGUAGGCAAUUUCCCGUACAGGAAGUUCACCUUUACCCAUAUUUCACCUAUAUUUAGCUCAGAUGAUGCGGACGAGAUAGACGGAUUUUCGCACGGUAGCUCAAUAGAUGGAGCAUCAAAUACUAGGCCUAAUAAAGUGAUUACCAAUUGUUAUCAGCAGAAAUGGAAUACAUCGUUGAUCGCCAAUAUAGCAGACCGACAAACGAUCAAAUUUAACGAAUGUAAGCCUCGAUGUAUAAUGAAAACAGCUCGUCGAUACGUGUGUAAAAACAAAUACCACACCAAGGAAUUCGACGUUCAAUUCACCUUCUGGACGUAUUUGACGGUGAGGCUUAUGAUUGGAGUGAUUGGUGGUACAGCGUUUGCUAUGUUUGAGGGAGCUGUAAUCGCCAUUUUACGAGAACACAAUGCGGAUUACGGAUUACAACAUAUUUACGCUUCGAUCGGUGGAAUGAUUAGUUCACCUUUAUCUGGAUACUUGAUCGAUUAUUACAGUAAAGGCAAAGGAUACACGGAUUUUAGGCCAGCGUUUUAUUUUUACGGAACGUUGAAAUUACUCAGUGCGCUUCUAAUGAUGACAAUUAAUUUAGAGUUCAAAGCUCCGGCCAAAAAUGUAAUUAACGACGUGGUGCGUGUGCUGAAAAAAAUCGAAAUUAUAGCGUUGUUUUUUACUUGUUUCAUUCUAGGUACCGCUUGGGGAUACAUUGAAAGUUUCCUAUUCUGGGUUCUGCAAGAUUUAGGAGCUACUCGAUCUCUGAUGGGGAUUACGAUCACGAUAGGUGGUAUCGCUGGUAUCCCAUUACUCGUAAUGUCUGGUCCAAUCAUCGAUCAUAUUGGUCACGCAAACGUUCUUUUUAUCGGAUUCAUCUUCUACGCGAUACGACUCGUAGGAUACUCGAUCAUCACAGCUCCGUGGCAAUGUUUAAUAUUUGAAGCUAUGGAAUCGAUUACUUCCUCUUUAGCGUAUACAGCAGCUGUAACCUACGCUGCAAAAAUGUCAACGACACAGACUGAUUCUAGUGUGCAAGGAAUUCUCGGAGGGUUGUAUUUUGGAGUUGGUAAAGGAUCAGGUAGUCUUUCCGGCGGUUAUCUCAUCAAGUAUUUUGGCAGUCGAAACACAUUUAGGAUAUUUUCCGCUAUUACUCUGACUACUGGCGUUGGAUAUUUCUUAUUUAAUAAAUUUUAUAUUAGUAAACACUCGUCAGAUCCUGAAGAAGAAGAAAAAAGAAACGAAAAAAGAUGCAGCAAUGGCCAAAUAGAAAUACACGAUGUAUCCAAACGUAAAUCAAACGGUCAUUUGAAACAGAAAGACGAAUCAAACGGCGAAGUUAACCCGGCCUUUGAUAAAACCGAAUCAGAUUCAGACACGAAGAAAAAUACCCACAGAAGAAACAGUUACAACAUCGAAGAAUUCAUGGAAACCGGUUGAAUAUAAAUUUAAAAUAAUUCUAGCUGUGAUAAAAUUUUAAUUUUGUUUUGUUUUUUGUAAUUGGGGAAUUUUCUGUUGCGAAUGAGCGAAUAAAAACUGAUUCAAAAGAAUAUAAAAUAGCUCGGUGCGAUGUAUACCUACUUUUUUCCUAAUUUAAUUACGUACAAUAAAAAUAUAGGUAUAAUGUGUAUUUAUUUUACCUUGUUACGAAUUAUACGAUUUUUAUUUUU